UACAUCACAUUCUCACACUGUUGAAGAGAAAAGAAAGAGUACCCCGCCAGCAAAAGGGAUCAAGCUAAAUCCUCCGAAUCAAAUUUGAAAGAUGUCUUCUCAAAACUUCAAUGCAGGACAAGCUAAAGGCCAUGCACAGGCCAAGACACAAGAAUGGGUAGAGUCUGCUAAGGACACAGCUCAAUCAGCUAGGGACAAGACAGCCGAUGCAGCCAGUGCCACAUCCGAUUCUUGCCAACAGAAAAAAGAAGAGGCCUCGGGCUUCCUCCAACAGACAGGAGAGCAGGUGAUGAACAUGGCACAUGGUGCAAUGGAAGGUGUCAAGAAUACACUUGGAGUUAAUGACAACACUAGCCAUAGUCACAACAAAUAGACAAUUCUAAAGAAAAAGACGAUGCCAGUAAGCCGGAUUAAUAAUUGCCGUCGUCAUUUAUAAUAAAACGCAAGACAUCUGUGUUCUUAAUUAGCAUCAUUGUCUCUUCAUUUCCGUAAUUUUGUUCUCGUCAGGGUUUUGGUUUGUUAGUUCACAUUUUCCUUGAAAUUGUAAUAAAAUGUUUACUUGUCUUGAUGUUGCUUUUUUAAGGGUUAUGAUUCUUUAGUUGUA